CGCAGAAAAAUUUCGUUCGCCAAAUAUAUUUACUUUCCACCAGUAAUUCUGUAUAAGUACUUCCAUCACACAUGGAAAUAUCACAUAUAUCUUCCUGUGGUUAAAUAUACCUGAGAGUAGAAAUUUUCCUUUUCGCAAUGCAUGAGUUCAAAUUUCCCGAUAAACAGAAGAAUCUCGACUGAAAAUGGUGACGAUCAACUUCUCCAUCUCCCGCAACUCUCGAAUGCAAUAAAAUAGGAAUGUAAGACACACCGAAGGACAAGAGUCAUGUGUCAAACGUAAACUACUGCAGUUUUUCCCGAGCACCCGACGGGUCCUCCACCGUUCAAACUCAAUCCGUGAGUCACAACCAGAGGAAAAAAUAAGAAAAAAAAAAAAUAAUACUGAACAACUCGCCGGGGUCCGUCAUUGGCGGUUGUAAAAAUAUUAACCGAGGUCGUUGGUAUCGGGUCGGAAAUUUCGCUGCUCAAUUGUCAUUAAUCCCCCCAAAUUGUUCCUGAAGAACUUCGAAUUUCUACAAGAUUGCCAGAGUGACACAGUAAUUAUCCGCGAUCGCGUGUGCUUACCGAUUAAAAAAAAUCACAAAAUCAUUGUGAAAAUUUCAUUUGCGCAGUUGGGCACAGCCUAUCAGGAGUGGAUCGUGCGCUCUCCGGAUCUCGUGUACAUUCCCACUGUUGUAUUUUUAUCCGGGCAACCGUCAGUGAUUAUCAGUGUUAAAAUCCUCAACAAUCACCCAAGACAGUCAUAAAAAAUCGUUGACAAUGUCCUGAGAAUUAUAAAUAUAUAUAUUCCUAUAAUCAACAGUGACUGAAUCCUUCUAGAAACGCCUCGAGACAUUCGUGCAUAAAACAAACGAGUAACUGUCACGUCAGUGAUAACCGCCAAAUUCGUCAACAAUGGAAUGAUGCAAUUGAGAUUCCACGAUGAAUAUUAAACGCACAGAGAGCCCCAGGUUCGAUGAUUGAAUACCUCCCGACGUUUUUGACGAUAACCUCCAAAGAGCUCUACCUCCUGGUGCUCCAGCAACUGAGAGACCGUUCAUCUCGAUAUAUUAAUUAGAAAUGAGCUACCAUGAUGAGUACCGUUAUCAUAAUGAUACUGCAUGGAGAGGGAAACAGGAUCCAAACGGUUCAGCGAUAAUGCAGAGUCUUGAUUCGCUCACCAGUAUCAACAGGGACAUUUAUCACUCAGCAAAUGGUCCCUCCUCUGGUGUAUCACUCCACGGUAUUCCCUCCCUCCACGAAGUUCAUGAUCCCAAAGAGAAUAUCAAUUACAAGAGUUUCUUGCUGAUCGAUGGUAGAGAGUACCUCAAAGUAUCCAGUGUUGAACAAUUUAUCAAGAAUUUGGCUUGUGGUAAUGAGGCGAAGGUCAAGGUCGUCUCGAUAUUUGGGAAUACUGGUGAUGGAAAGAGUUACGCGUUGAAUAAAACAUUUUUCGAGGGACACGAGGUCUUCCAAACGUCCAACGAGCAGAACUCCUGUACCCUGGGAGUCUGGGCUGCCUUUGAUCACAGUCUCGGGGUCAUUUGUCUCGAUACCGAGGGACUACUGGGGAUCACUGUCCACGAGAAUGAACGCACUAGACUUCUGUUGAAGGUCCUUGCUGUAUCCGAUAUCGUUAUUUAUCGGACUAGGUCCGAGAGACUGCACAGAGAUUUAUUCACUUUCCUUGGGAGUGCGUCUAGGGCUUAUGGGCAUCAUUUUCAUAAUGCUCUUCAGGCGAUUGGCAGGAGGGAGGGUGUACCUAAUAGCUCCAGUGCUCUUGGCCCCAGCAUCAUCAUCUUUCAUGAGACCAGACACACCAGACCGCUUACCAAUAACACUGCAGAAAGUGCCGAAGAUGUAAUCCGCAAUCGCUUCGUCCAGAUGAGACUCGAGAUCGAGGCAUUCAGUUCUAUAAAAUACGUUGGCAUCCAAACAAACACCCCACCAACAGACUUCAAUUCCCUUCGUCACGCUGUAAAAAGUGAAUUGGACAAUACAACAGUCAGAUCAGCAAGAAAACCCCACCUAGUCUACGGUACCCUAAAGCUCCUCAACGAAAAGUUUUCAGGUGAAAUCCAGAGUAUCUCGAACGUACUGUUCCCCGACCAGUACUUUACGUGUCCAGUCAAGUGCCUCAGCUGCGACUGCAGAUGCAGAAACAGUAUGGGUCACUUGAAAGAGGGCAAGCCCCACCUGAGCAACACAAGAUGCCGAUAUCAGCAUCAGUACGAAAAUCUCGUUUACAUCUGCAAGAAGUGUCACACCAAUGGGAACGAGGUGAUCGUGUCAAGCAGAACGAAAACAACUACCGAGAAUGGCUGGUAUGGCCUCGCCAAAUACGCCUGGUCUGGUUACGUAAUUGAGUGUCCAAAGUGCGGAGAAAUUUACAGAAGCAGGCAAUACUGGUACGGUAACAAGAAUCCUGAGGAGGCAGCUGUUAGAACUGAGAUAACACACGUGUGGAACGUCACAGCUGUUACAAAUCUCAAUCAGAAUGCAGCGCAGAAGGUGAUCGACGGUGUAUCGUACAUCUCCGAAGCUGUAGCCAAUGCCUCACUCCAACCCACCAAAGCCAUCACUGCUUGGGUUGCUGAUCAGGUGGCACCAAACUACUGGAGACCCAAUAACGAGAUUAAAAAUUGCCACAAGUGUAGGACAACAUUCGCACCCUGCGAUACAAAGCACCACUGUCGAAGCUGUGGUGAGGGCUUUUGCGCUGAGUGCUCCAGCCACGCCAAGCCUGUUCCCUCCAGGAAUUGGUUCAGCCCUGUUCGGGUAUGUGAUGAGUGCUUUGAGAAGGAUGACAAUUCCAAUGAUAGUGAGGAGAUCGGGGUUAAAGAGGAUGUCAGUGUUAGGAAGGUCUCUGAGCACGUGGUCUCGACACUCAGUGCUGUUGGAACUGUUCUAACUUAUUCCAAAUCUCUCAUUAAAGACACCGUCAGACCAAAUUACUGGGUACCUGACGCCGAACUGACGAAUUGCUGUGUCUGUGACAAUCUAUUCUCCGACGUGUUGCCUCUUCAUCACUGCAGAGAUUGUGGACGUGGUGUCUGUCAGGAUUGUUCACAACACCGAAAACCAGUCCCUCGUCGAGGAUGGGAUAAUCCAGUUCGUGUUUGCGAUGCGUGCAUUAAAAUUGACUGAAGUUAUUCAAUUCGGCUACGUCGCUCUUCGUAGAUUUUAGUCAGUUAUUGAUCCAGGGAUAUAUAGUAAACAAUUGUGAAUUGUUUCAUGUACAGACGUUCAAAAUUUUCAUGGUUAACUCAUCCAAAAUUCCUCCAUUGACUGAUGAUCGACGAAAUGGAUGUUAAGGGCAGUGCCAUAUCGUCAUUUAUUUUUAUACCCCAGUAGAUUGAAUAUUUUUAUCACAACUCAAUGCGAUGGAUAUGAACCAAGUGGUUAAACGAUAUUAAUUGCCAUCCGAAAGAAUUUUUUCGGUGAAUAUCUCGGAAUUGAGAGGAGAUCGGGUCUCAUUACGAUUCCACAUCCUCAAAAGUUUUCAAUUUUCAAACGCAUCUCGUUCUGUCACUUUAUUCCAGCGAAAUCCCAAACGCAGAUCAAAUUUAUAAAACCGGGAGAUAUAAAUGGGAAUGAACCACUAAUUUACAUGGAAGUGCAAAUAAUUACACUUAUCAAACAGAUAAUACGAAA